GAUCAGCAGUUAGUCGAACUUAAGUAGACAACAAAACAAGACAAUGUUCAAGUUAAUUGGUUUCGUAGUGCUUCUGGUGGCUUUGGCCGCUGCCGAGCUCCACCGCGUUCCGAUCCUCAAGGAGAAAAAUUUUGUUAAGACGCGCCAAAAUGUUCUGGCCGAGAAGUCCUAUCUGCGCACCAAGUACCAGUUGGCCUCCCUUCGCAGUGCGGAUGAGGAGCAGCUGUCUAACUCGAUGAACAUGGCCUACUAUGGAGCCAUCUCCAUCGGAACUCCCGGCCAAAGCUUCAAGGUUCUUUUUGAUUCCGGAUCCUCGAAUCUGUGGGUGCCUUCGAAUACCUGCAAGAGCGAUGCCUGUUUGACCCACAACCAGUACGACUCCAGUGAUAGCUCUACCUACGUGGCCAACGGCGAGUCUUUCUCCAUCCAGUAUGGAACUGGCAGCCUUACUGGUUACCUGUCUACCGAUACCGUCGAUGUUAAUGGCCUAAGUAUCCAGAGCCAGACCUUUGCUGAGUCCACUUCCGAACCGGGCACCAGCUUCAACGACGCCAACUUCGAUGGCAUUCUGGGCAUGGCCUAUGAGGCUCUGGCCGUGGAUGGAGUGGAUCCUCCGUUCUACAACAUGGUAUCCCAGGGUCUGGUUGACAACUCCGUGUUCUCCUUUUACCUGGCACGCGACGGCACCUCUACCCAGGGUGGUGAACUGAUCUUCGGCGGUUCCGACUCUUCUUUGUACUCCGGCGAACUAACCUACGUGCCCAUCUCAGAACAAGCUUACUGGCAGUUCGAGAUGGCUUGUGCCUCCAUCGCUGGUACCCCUCUGUGCGAUAACUGCCAGGCUAUUGCCGAUACUGGUACCUCCCUGAUCGUGGCUCCCUACAAUGCCUACAUGUAUCUUUCCGAGACCCUGAAUGUGGGUGAGGAUGGCUACCUGGACUGCUCUUCUGUUAGCUCCCUGCCGGAUGUGAUCUUCAACAUUGGUGGCAUGGACUUCGAGCUGACUCCCUCGGCCUACAUCAUCCAGUCGGAUGGCAAAUGCAUGUCCGCCUUCGAGUACAUGGGCACUGACUUCUGGAUUUUGGGCGAUGUCUUCAUUGGCCAGUACUACACGGAGUUUGAUUUGGGCAACAACCGUAUUGGCUUUGCCCCCGUCGCCUAAGUUACGAUCUGCAAUAAGUGAUCAAUAAAGUAAUGAGUACCUUGAGAA